AUGAGUGAUGAGGUUGGGGCACUAGUUUUUGACUUUGGAUCGUAUUCUCUUCGAGGGGGUUUUGCUGGCGAAGAUAACCCUAAGAUUGAUAUUCCAUCUACUCUUGGGAUUAUUGGAAAUGAAGAAGGUCUACCAGCGAAAAGAGUCGUUGGCCAAAAUAUCUUGAUACCUCGUAAAGGAACUGACCUCCAAUCAUUUCUUAAAGAUGGAUUAAUUGAUGACUGGGAUGCUUUUGAGGAUGUUAUGAGUCACAUGCUACGGUACCUCACACCUGAAGAGGCUAGUCAUCACCCGAUACUUUUUUCGGAACCUUCAUGGAAUACAAAGUCAAAACGAGAGAAAAUUGCUGAAAUUUUGUUCGAAAAGUUUAAAGUUCCAGCAUUUUAUAUAGCCAAGAACGCUGCUUUAACUUGUUUUGCAAACGGCAGACAUACUGGUUUGGUUUUGGAUUGUGGUGCUAUUCACACAUCAGCCGUCCCCGUGUACGAUGGUUUAGUUCUAACUCAAGAGGUUAUACGCUCCCCUUUGGCUGGCGAUUUUAUUGUUCAGCAGGCACAAAGGUUAAUUCUGGAUGAGCUUAAAAUAGAAGUUGUUCCCUAUUAUCGUGUCGCAUCUAAGGAGCCUGUAAAUGAACGUGAACCUGCAAAAUGGAAAGAACGGACAAAUCUACCACCUGUUUCCACAUCAUAUGAGAAUUAUAUGUUGAAAUGCCAAAUACAAGAUUUUGUGGCGUCAGUUUUACAAGUUUCUGAAGAUCGUUAUGAUCAAAGCCAAGCGGACACUUUUCCAAUGGUUGGUUAUGAGUUUCCAAAUGGAUUCAAUUUUGAAUUGGGUCAUGAACGUUUUCAAAUCCCUGAAGCUUUAUUUGAUCCAUCUAUAUUGUUAGAAGCUGGCGGGAGUUCAAUGUUAUCAAUGAGUCACAUAGUGGCUAGUAGCAUUAGUAUGUGUGAUAUUGACAUUCGACCUAGUUUGUAUAGUAAUAUCAUAGUUGUUGGUGGUAACAGCUUAAUCACUGGAUUUACUGAUAGAUUACAACGAGAUUUAAAUAUUAAAACACCACCGAGUAUGAGAUUAAAAGUUAACUUUCCUAGUACAACAGCUGAACGUCGUUAUUCCAGUUGGAUUGGUGGUUCUAUUCUAGGAUCUUUAGGUACCUUCCAACAAAUGUGGAUAUCUAGUCAAGAAUAUAAUGAAUUAGGCAAAGGAUGUGUGGAUAAAAAAUGUGCUUAG